AUGUCUUGGUCCCGUUUAAUCAGAUUCGAGGACGAAGAUGGCAAAAUCUGCUUCGGAGAGCCUGAUAUCCAGACAAGUGAAGAGUUAUCCGCACCGGAGGACGGUCUUCUAUACGCCUACGAACUCUCCGGUUCUUCUCCGUUCGAUCUCUCGCCCGAAAGGGGAGCGCGCAAGAAAGUCAAAUCGCUCCACGGAAUCCUCAAACCAAGCGAUGUACCAAUCAUCAAAUGCGUCGGCCUCAAUUACAUGAAACACAUUAAGGAAGGCGGGCGGAAUCCACCACCUUACCCUUCGAUCUUCAUCAAACCAUCUGCCUGCGUGGCCAGUUACAACGAAGAUAUUCCCAUCCCGAAACUAGCUCAGGACGAUCAGUGUGACUACGAGGGCGAACUAUCCAUUGUCAUUGGCAAAACAGGAAAGAACAUCUCCAAGGAAGACGCACUCGACUACAUUGCGGGAUAUGUCUCUUCGAACGACGUUUCGGCAAGAAAAUGGCAGCGGGAUCCUGCAUUUGCCGGCGGUGUUCCUCAGUGGUGCUUUAGCAAGGGCUUUGACAAGUAUGCGCCUCUGGGGCCAAUGCUUGUAUCACCAAAGGUUGUUGGUGCAGCGGACGACCUGGAUUUGCAGACGUUUGUGAACGGCGAAAUAAGGCAAUCGUCCAACACCAGCGAUCUGCUUUUUGGCGUUCGAGAGAUCAUCAGCUUUGUUAGUCAGGGAACGACGUUGGAGAAAGGCACAGUCAUUAUGACUGGUACGCCGGCUGGAGUGGCUAUGGGGAUGAAGCCGGAGCCGAAGUAUCUGAAAGAUGGGGACGUUGUGGUGGUCAAGAUCGAGCACCUCGGGAGCACGUGGAACCGCAUGACUUUCGAAAAGUAG